AUGUACAAACACGCCCAGAUACACACACACGUACACGCACACGCCCAGGCCUUUGCGUGGCAUGCACGAGUGCUGAAUGGUGUGUUGGGGGGUGCUCGCACACUCACACGCACACGCGGAUAUGCAGCGGACGUACAAGGCUUCCCUUACACACAGGUGCACAGACACAUGCGGUCGAGCUUACACUUGGGGUGUGGGUAUAGGCCUGGAGGGUGUGGAGGGGAUGGUACGGGAGUUGUGGUAGGUAAGCCGGGGAAUGUCCUGGAAUGUGAUGCGGGAAUACCGGGACGGCAGGCGUUGGUGGCAAGUAGUGUGCACGCUGUGAACGUGUCUGAGCCACGCCGGCGGUAUACGAACGGGGCACAUACACAGCAACAUACACAGGCACUUACACAGGUACAUACACAGCACCAUACACAAGCACACACACAGAAAACACAUAUACAAUCACAGGCUCAUGCAUUAUCAGACACAAGCACGAGUGCGUAUGAACACGCAGCAACAACGCAAGAUAUACCCUCACCCCCCGCCGACCCCAAUCUCGACCCAGCCCACCACUACAGCACCACCAGCCCAACCCAACGCCGCAACUUGCGAGAUAUACUAUACCUACUAGACUGCACCCGAGCAGCAGGCUACACCCCUCCCGGCCUCAUCCCGCUCCUGGCACGCGUGGAU